CCUCCCCGCGCGCCCGAGCGCGCCUCCGCCCUUGCCCGCCCCCUGCCGCUCGCUGCCUCAGCUCCUCAGUGCACAGAGCCGCCUCGUCUGAGGGGACGCGAGGACCGUCCUCGUCGCGGUUUCGGCCAGUGCGUUGGGCCAGGCCUUGACAAGCAGCCGGAGGAGAGGCUGAGCCAGACCCGAAUCCCUGCUCUUGCCGCCUGCUCCUCCCACCUCUGGGCUCACGAGGGGUUUCCCGCCUCGCACCCCCCGCCUCUGGACUUGCUCUUCUUUUCUCUCCGCGUGUGGAGGGAGCCAGUGCUUAGGCCGGAGCGAGCCUGGGGGCCGCCGGCCGUGAAGGCAUCGCGGGGACCGAUUCACCAUGGAGGGCGCCGGAGGCGCGAACGACAAGAAAAAUAGGAUAAGUUCUGAACGUCGAAAAGAAAAGUCUAGAGAUGCAGCCAGAUCUCGGCGAAGCAAAGAGUCUGAAGUUUUUUAUGAACUUGCUCAUCAGUUGCCACUUCCCCAUAAUGUGAGCUCACAUCUUGAUAAGGCUUCUGUUAUGAGGCUUACCAUCAGUUAUUUGCGUGUGAGGAAACUUCUGGAUGCUGGUGAUCUGGAUAUUGAAGAUGAAAUGAAGGCACAGAUGAACUGCUUUUAUUUGAAAGCCCUGGAUGGCUUUGUUAUGGUGCUCACAGAUGAUGGUGACAUGAUUUACAUUUCUGAUAACGUGAACAAAUACAUGGGAUUAACUCAGUUUGAACUAACUGGACACAGUGUGUUUGAUUUUACUCAUCCGUGUGACCAUGAGGAAAUGAGAGAAAUGCUUACACACAGAAAUGGCCCGGUGAAAAAGGGUAAAGAACAAAACACACAGCGAAGCUUCUUUCUCAGAAUGAAGUGUACCCUAACUAGCCGGGGGAGAACUAUGAACAUAAAGUCUGCAACAUGGAAGGUACUUCACUGCACAGGCCAUAUCCAUGUAUAUGAUACCAACAGUAACCAAUCUCAGUGUGGAUACAAGAAACCACCAAUGACAUGCCUGGUGCUGAUUUGUGAACCCAUUCCUCAUCCAUCAAAUAUUGAAAUUCCUUUAGACAGCAAGACUUUUCUCAGUCGACACAGCCUGGAUAUGAAAUUUUCUUAUUGUGAUGAAAGAAUUACUGAAUUGAUGGGAUAUGAACCAGAGGAACUUUUGGGCCGCUCAAUUUAUGAAUAUUAUCAUGCUUUGGACUCUGAUCAUCUGACCAAAACUCAUCAUGACAUGUUUACUAAAGGACAAGUCACCACAGGACAGUACAGGAUGCUUGCCAAAAGAGGUGGAUAUGUCUGGGUAGAAACUCAAGCAACUGUUAUAUAUAACACCAAGAACUCUCAACCACAAUGCAUUGUAUGUGUAAAUUAUGUUGUGAGUGGUAUUAUUCAGCACGACUUGAUUUUCUCCCUUCAACAAACAGAAUGUGUCCUCAAACCAGUUGAGUCUUCAGAUAUGAAAAUGACUCAGCUCUUCACCAAAGUUGAAUCAGAGGAUACAAGUAGCCUCUUUGAUAAACUUAAGAAGGAACCUGAUGCUUUAACUUUGCUGGCCCCAGCUGCUGGAGACACAAUCAUAUCUUUAGAUUUUGGCAGCAAUGACACAGAAACUGAAGACCAACAACUUGAGGAAGUUCCAUUGUAUAAUGAUGUAAUGUUCCCCUCGUCCAGUGAAAAAUUACAAAAUAUAAAUUUGGCCAUGUCUCCAUUACCUGCGUCUGAAACUCCAAAGCCACUUCGAAGUAGUGCUGACCCAGCACUCAAUCAAGAAGUUGCAUUAAAAUUAGAACCAAAUCCAGAGUCACUGGAACUUUCUUUUACCAUGCCCCAGAUUCAAGAUCAGCCAGCCAGUCCUUCUGAUGGAAGCACUAGACAGAGUUCACCUGAGCCUAACAGUCCCAGUGAAUACUGUUUUGAUGUGGAUAGUGAUAUGGUCAAUGUAUUCAAGUUGGAAUUGGUAGAAAAACUUUUUGCUGAAGAUACAGAAGCAAAGAAUCCAUUUUCAACUCAGGACACUGAUUUAGACUUGGAAAUGUUGGCCCCCUAUAUCCCAAUGGAUGAUGAUUUCCAGUUACGUUCCUUUGAUCAGCUGUCACCAUUAGAAAGCAGUUCUUCAAGCCCUCAAAGUGUGAGCACAAUUUCAGUAUUCCAGCAGACUCAAAUGCAAGAACCUACUAUUAACACCACCACUGCCACUACCACCACUGAUGAAUUAAAAACAGUGACAAAAGAUGGGAUGGAAGACAUUAAAAUACUGAUUGCAUCUUCAUCUCCUACCCAUGUACCUAAAGAAACUACUAGUGCCACAACACCACCACCAUAUAAUGAUACUCAAAGUCGAACAGCCUCACCAAACAGAGCAGGAAAAGGAGUCAUAGAACAGACAGAAAAAUCUCAUCCAAGAAGCCCUAACGUGGUAUCUGUCACUUUGAGUCAAAGAAAUACAGUUCCCGAGGAAGAACUAAAUCCAAAGAUACUAGCUUUGCAGAAUGUUCAGAGAAAGCGAAAAAUGGAAAAUGAUGGUUCACUUUUUCAAGCAAUAGGAAUUGGCACACUAUUACAGCAACCAGAUGAUCGUGCAGCUACCACAUCACUUUCUUGGAAACGUGUAAAAGGAUGCAAAUCUAGUGAACAGAAUGGAAUGGAGCAAAAGACAAUUAUUUUAAUACCCUCUGAUUUAGCAUGUAGACUGCUGGGGCAAUCAAUGGAUGAGAGUGGAUUACCACAGCUGACCAGUUAUGAUUGUGAAGUUAAUGCUCCUAUACAAGGCAGCAGAAACCUACUGCAGGGUGAAGAUUUACUCAGAGCUUUGGAUCAAGUUAACUGAGCUUUCAUGAUUUCAUUCCCUUUUUCUUUUUUCUUUUUUUUUUUUUUUCUUUUUCUUCUUUUUUUUUUUAUUUUUUUAUUUUUUGGACACUGGUGGCUCAUUACCUAAAGCAGUCUAUUUAUAUUUUCUAUAUCUAAUUUUAGAAGCCUGGCUACAAUACUGCACAAACUCAGCUAGUUCAAUUUUGAUCCCCUUUCUACUUAAUUUACAUUAAUGCUCUUUUUUAAUAUGUUCUUUAAUGCCAGAUCACAGCACAUUUUCACAGUUCUUUGGUAUUUAAACCAUUGCAUUGUAGUAGCAUCAUUUAAAAAUGCACCUUUUUAUUUAUUUAUUUUUGGCUAGGGAGUUUGUCCCUUAUUGAUUUAUUUUUAAUAAGAUGCCAAUAUAAUUUUUUUAAGAAGGCAGUAACCUUUCAUCAUGAUCACAAACAGUUGAAACAUUUUUACUAAGUUUUUUUCACAUUUUACAUAAACAAUAAUGCUUUGCCAGCAGUAUAUGGUAGCCACAAUUGCACAAUAUAUUUUCUUAAAAAAUACCAGCAGUUACUCAUGCAAUAUAUCCUGCAUUUAUAAAACUAGUUUUUAAGAAGAAAUUUUUUUUGGCCUAUAAAAUUGUUAAACCUGGAACUUGACAUUGUUAAUCUUAUAAUAAUGAUUCUUAAAUGCUGUAUGGUUUAUUAUUUAAAUGGGUAAAGCCAUUUACAUGAUAUAGAAAGAUGCAUAUAUCUGGAAGGUAUGUGGCAUUUAUUUGGAUAAAAUUCUCAGUUCAGAGAAAUCAUCUGAUGUUUCCGUAGUUACUUUCCCAGCUCAAAAGAAAACAAUACCCUAUGUAGUUGUGGAAGUUUAUGCUAAUAUUGUGUAAUUGAUAUUAAACCUAAAUGUUCUGCCCACUCUGUUGGUAUAAAGAUUUUGAGCAGACUGUAAACAAAACAAAAAAAUCAUGCAUUGUUAGUAAAAUUGCCUAGUAUGUUAAUUUGCUCAAAAUAUGAUGUUUGGUUUUAUGCACUUUGUCGCUAUUAACAUCCUUUUUUCAUAUAGAUUUCAAUAACUGAGUAAUUUUAGAAGCAUUAUUUUAGGAAUAUAUAGUUGUUGUAGUAAACAUCUUGUUUUUUUUCUAUGUACAUUGUAUAAAUUUUUCAUUCCUUUGCUCUUUGUGGUUGGGUCUAACACUAACUGUAUUGUUUUGUUACAUCAAAUAAACAUCUUCUGUGGACCAGG